CGAUAAACGGUCCGGCGGCGGCGGCGGCGGCGCUCUCGCACGGCGAUGGUGGCGGCGACCGGCACACUGCGACUGACGGACACCCAGCGAAUAUGAUAUUAUUAUCGUCGUUAUGAUAUUAUUAUGCUUUUAGCAGCCGAAGAAAACGAGGAAAACGAUACGGACGUUAGCUUUGAGAUCGCGCCGGACGUAAGUAGUAUAUAUUGGUCGCCAGUGAAGUGGUGGAGAGGCCCACGUGUCCAAACAACGUGGUAUUGAAUUCAAAUAUACAGUGUGGGUUUGGCUCAUUCUCGGUAUGAGUAUACUCAGCACCACUUCUUCAAAACGACCACCAAAGAAACAAUGGCAAAAUUAAAGACAUUUUAGAGCACAAUCACGUACUUCUGGAAAAAUCGUGAACAAUAAUUCCAAUCAACGAGAACGGCACUAUAAGACUUAGUUGGUACUAUUCAUCUACCAUCGUGACACGAAUCGAAUAAACAAAAAACAUGAAGCGGCAGAACGUGCGUACACUGUCCCUAGUAGUUUGCACAUUCACAUACUUGCUAGUAGGUGCUGCGGUAUUCGAUGCAUUAGAAUCGGAAACCGAGAGAAAAAGAUGGAAUCACCUUCUAGAACUAAAGGCAGCUUUGGUGAGAAAAUACAGCAUAAGCGAAGAUGAUUACAGGAUGAUGGAGGUUGCUAUCAUCGAAAACAAGCCUCACAAAGCGGGACCACAAUGGAAAUUUGCGGGCGCGUUUUAUUUCUCCACAGUCGUUUUGGCUAUGAUCGGUUAUGGGCACUCGACACCAGUGACAAUUGGUGGCAAAGCAUUUUGUAUGGCAUACGCUAUGGUGGGCAUACCAUUAGGACUUAUUAUGUUCCAGAGUAUUGGUGAACGUUUAAAUAAAUUUGCGUCCGUAGUAAUUAGGAGGGCCAAACAGUAUUUAAAAUGUAAAAAGGAAGAAGCCACGGAAAUGAAUCUAAUGUUCGCCACUGGACUACUGUCGUCGGUUAUCAUCACCACUGGUGCGGCCGUGUUUUCAAAAUACGAAGGAUGGAGCUAUUUUGAUAGUUUUUAUUAUUGCUUCGUUACGCUCACCACCAUCGGUUUCGGAGAUUACGUCGCACUACAGAACGAUCAAGCCUUGACGACAAUGCCGGGGUAUGUGGCACUUAGUUUGGUGUUUAUUUUGUUUGGACUCGCCGUUGUUGCCGCCAGCAUCAACUUGUUGGUACUGCGUUUCAUGACUAUGAACGCAGAGGAGGUGAGGCGCGAGGACAACGAGCUGCAAGGCGUGUCACAGCACGUCAUCACCGUUGACGGCGAAGCGGUGACGUCCGUCAACGGAAAACUGUUGGCCGGACACACGGUCGGCCGGGACGCGGGUGACGACAUGGACCAGGUGUCCGUCUGCUCGUGCACGUGCGUGGGACCAGUGCAGUACGACUACAACCGGGACAUACGGCCGGCGGAAAGGGCGGCCGCGAACGCAGCGGCUGCGGCCGCCGUGGUCUACAACAGUCCGCCGACCGAACAGCCCCUGCUGUCCAUGAAGCGGGUGUCCAUAUAAAGGACAGGGGCGGGGGUGGAGAUUGAGGGUGGCUUUGGUGAAAGGUAUAACCAUAUUAUUUUAUAUCGUACGGGCUGGGUCGGUGUGGCAGCGUGAUGUAUGAGAUUGUAUAGGGACAUAUUAUUGUUAUUAUUAUUUAUUUAUUUUUUUGAUAUUCACUCUCACCCCCACGAAAUAUAAUAUGGCCCCAAGUCUAUGCCGUUGCACGUUCUGUCCAAAAUACAGGCGCAGGCAGAUUUAACAGCUGUACAGCUGUCAAAAGUCUUCGUCCGAUUUCAAAAAUGAAUAUUUAUUUAAGAAAUCAAGAUGUUAGGAUGAAUAAUUGAUUUAUAGUAAAUAAUCGAGUUUCAAUAAAGUGUUAAUUAUUCAAUAUUAUGAUCUCACUGGUUAUAGGUUACGUACACAUACAUGAUAAAGUUUUUUUCUCGUACCUCUAUCUCGGCACUAACCGACAACAGUUCACCAAUCAUUACAAACGCUCAUAUAGUGAUGAUAAUCGACCACAAAAAUAAAAUAAAAAGUUAACGAAAUAACCUCAACUGUCUAAUCAAUAAUCAUAAAUAAUGGUAUAAAGGUGAUGUCUACCUCCGACUUGUGUUUACUGAGGUGUAGUCGGAUGAAGACUUUUGAAUCACUCUGUACAAUUAUACUUGAAUAUACAGAUAAUAUUAUAGAUAUCAUAGCAUAUAUUAUAUUAUAGUUAUUCUAUAUUAAUAAUCGUACACAUUUUACUGUCAUAUAGGUGAUACGGUUUAAAUCUUUACGAUCUACGGAUACUCAAGCAAUUCGCCUUGCCCUUGUUUAACACUAAAAUUCGCAUAUUAAAUAAAUUAUUUUAUAUUACUUACGAAGUUUGAGAGGUAUCGUUUACAUAUUUCGAGGCUCAGUUUUGUCUCCAUCCUGCAAGUUAACUGCAAUACACAUAAUAAGAUACGACAGUUACCAAAAUUAUGAUUGAAGUGUAUGGAAUUGUUCACCAACGCUUUCGACGGGUUUGAAAAUGGAAAUUUCAACGAUUUUUUAUAACUAAUAAAAAUCAAAAAUUAUUAUGUAGGUAACAAAAUUACACCUAAACUGACGAUGACACAGACCGGUUAUUUCAUACUGCUAGAUUCUUCUAAUGUGAUUUUGACGCGGUUACGAUUUAAUGACGCGAAUAGAUUAAGUUAGAUAUUGGACCGGUUGUGCAACAGCGGCACACUACUUUUCUCCAACGUAUUAUAAAACAUUAAUAUUGUUAAAUAUUGUAAAAUUCCUAUCUAUGUCCGUUUUUUUUUUUGUUUUUUUUUUUCAAAUAACUCUUUUGUUUGUGCGCUGCGCUGUAUUUUGUAGUACGGUAUUUCAUUAUCUAAAUAAUACAAAAAUUAAUUGUAAAUGUGUAACUUGCAUUUUACUUUUUUAAACCGCUAUCGAACGCCAUAAUAGCCAUCUUCCGUAGGUACCAAUGUAUAUUUACAGUACAAAUUCAGGAGUAUCUAUUAUAAACGUCCUCUUUGGAAUAGUUUAUGUUAAAAAUUAUUUGUCUGUGGAGGCUAUAGUGUCAUAAUAUGGUGUUCGGCAGUACACUGCUUAGCACUUAAUAUUAUUUAAAAACGAUUUUCGUACAUAUGACGACGGUCCCUGUUUAAGACAUCUAAAUAUCGUAUAAGUAUUUUUAAACUUUCCCAUAUUUUGAUGUCAUUUUCCCGACUUUAAUACAGCGUAUUAUAAUAUUAUUUGGGUGGUCACGACGACGGUGACGACUUUACAUGUGGGCAAUUCCAAAUUAACCACAUUCGAUUUUAUCCAAUAAUUACAAUUCCGUAUAAAAUGUAGCCGGCCUAAAAUAAAUCAAUCUCGUAUAUUACCGACCUAUUUACAUUUUUGUUUUACAUUUUAACCGAACAUAGUAAUUUUAUGAUAAUUUAUUAAAUAGAAUAAUAUGAAAACAUAAAGAUGUUAAAACGAAAAAUCAUUAUUUAUUGUUUAUAAGUUGUAAAUUGUAACAAACGACAUAAUAUUAAUAGUAUUAUGUGUAGAUUUUGUAUUUUUUUUUUUUUAUGUUUUCAAGUUUUUGUUGUUAAUAUAAUAUGAUUAUUAAUUAUUA